AAUGGGCCUAAAAGAGAAAGGCCCAUACAAGCCAACCAUAGUUGAAAACGGGCGUAGCAGAAAGCGCAACAGAGCACUGAGCAUUGAGCACUAAGCAGAGCGGAGAACAAUGAAACUGGGUGGACUCAAAUCGGUGGAGAACGCGCACGACGACUCCGUGUGGGCAGUCACAUGGGCACCCGCAACCGCCAAUCGCCCUCCGCUCCUCCUCACCGGUUCUCUUGACGAGACCGUCAGGCUCUGGAGGUCCGACGAGCUUGUCCUCGAACGCACCAACACCGGCCACUGCCUCGGCGUCGCUUCCGUCGCCGCUCACCCCCUCGGCUCCAUCGCCGCCUCCUCUUCCCUCGACAGCUUCGUUCGCGUCUUCGAUGUUGAUUCCAACGCUACCCUCGCCACCCUCGAGGCUCCACCCUCUGAAGUAUGGCAAAUGCGUUUCGAUCCCAAGGGUGCCCUUCUAGCAGUGGCUGGUGGAGGCAGUGCAUCAGUGAAGCUUUGGGACACCUCCACAUGGGAGCUUGUUGCCACCCUCUCAAUUCCUCGUCCAGAAGGAGGAUCCAAACCCACAGACAAAAGUGGCAGCAAGAAAUUUGUCCUGUCAGUUGCAUGGAGCCCUGACGGGAAACGAAUUGCUUGCGGUUCAAUGGAUGGCACUAUUUCAGUUUUUGAUGUGCAACGGGCUAAGUUUUUACAUCACCUUGAAGGCCACUUCAUGCCUGUUCGUUCUCUCGUCUACUCUCCUUAUGAUCCAAGGCUGCUCUUUACAGCCUCUGAUGAUGGCAAUGUCCACAUGUAUGAUGCUGAGGGGAAAGCUCUAGUUGGGACCAUGUCAGGUCAUGCUAGCUGGGUAUUAUGUGUGGAUGUGAGCCCAGAUGGAGGUGCCAUUGCCACCGGUUCAAGUGACAGAACUGUUAGGCUAUGGGAUCUUGCCAUGAGAGCUUCUGUGCAGACAAUGAGCAACCACACAGACCAGGUUUGGGGAGUGGCAUUUAGACCACCUGGAGGGACUGAUGUUCGAGGUGGCAGGCUUGCUAGUGUUUCAGAUGAUAAGAGCAUAUCCCUGUAUGAUUAUUCCUGAUCCUAAUUUAGACAUUGCACCCAAUGUUUGUACUUUGUACCUUGGUUUUCUUUUCGUGGAAUGUUAUAAACUUUUUGAUGCUUUCCCUAUCCGUUGUGAUUCCGUAUCCAUGAUUUGUUGCUAGAAAAGGUCAUUACAUUUAAGAAUUGAACUUUGUUAUUGACAAUUGGAAA